AUGGCGGCGGCCGCACCGGGCCCGGCUCCGGCUCCGUCCCUUUGCCGCUCGGUGCAUUGGUUCCGCCGCGGGUUGCGUCUCCACGACAACCCGGCGCUGCAGGAAGCGCUGCGGGACGCCGCGUCCCUCCGUUGCAUCUAUAUCCUGGAUCCCUGGUUCGCCGCCUCCUCCGCCGUGGGCAUCAACCGCUGGCGAUUUCUGCUCCAGUCUCUGGAAGAUCUGGACAACAGUUUAAGGAAACUCAACUCUCGCUUGUUUGUCGUGCGAGGGCAGCCAACAGAUGUCUUCCCAAGACUCUUUAAAGAAUGGGGAGUCACUCGUCUCACCUUUGAAUACGACUCGGAGCCAUUUGGUAAGGAGAGAGAUGCAGCUAUCGUCAAACUGGCCAAGGAGGCUGGCGUGGAGGUGGUGAUAGAGAACUCCCACACACUCUAUGACCUGGACAGAAUAAUUGAGCUGAAUGGCCACAAGCCACCCCUCACCUACAAGCGCUUCCAGGCCAUCAUUAGCCGUAUGGAGCUCCCAAAGAAGCCAGUGAGCACUGUAAUAAGCCAGCAAAUGGAGACGUGUAAAGUGGACAUCCAGGAGAACCACGACGAUGUGUAUGGGGUCCCAUCCCUGGAAGAGCUGGGCUUUCCUACGGAUGGUCUUGCCCCUGCAGUUUGGCAAGGAGGGGAGACGGAAGCCUUGGCACGGCUGGAUAAACACUUGGAAAGAAAGGCAUGGGUUGCAAAUUAUGAAAGACCAAGGAUGAACGCCAAUUCAUUGCUGGCCAGCCCUACAGGACUCAGUCCCUACCUGCGUUUUGGCUGCUUGUCCUGCCGCUUGUUUUACUACCGUCUCUGGGAGCUGUAUAAGAAGGUGAAGCGGAACAGCACGCCCCCCCUCUCUCUGUACGGACAGCUUCUGUGGCGGGAGUUUUUCUACACAGCAGCCACAAACAACCCAAAGUUUGAUCGUAUGGAGGGGAACCCCAUCUGCAUCCAAAUCCCCUGGGACAGGAACCCUGAAGCCUUGGCAAAGUGGGCAGAGGGCAAGACAGGCUUCCCUUGGAUCGAUGCAAUCAUGACCCAACUGAGACAGGAAGGGUGGAUCCACCAUCUGGCCAGGCACGCGGUGGCCUGCUUCCUUACCAGGGGCGACCUCUGGAUCAGCUGGGAGUCAGGAGUCAGGGUAUUUGACGAAUUGUUGCUGGAUGCAGAUUUCAGCGUAAAUGCUGGCAGCUGGAUGUGGCUUUCGUGCAGUGCGUUCUUCCAGCAGUUCUUCCACUGUUACUGCCCCGUGGGCUUCGGACGUCGCACAGACCCCAGUGGUGACUAUGUUAAGAGGUAUCUGCCCAAGCUAAAGGGUUUCCCCUCACGAUACAUCUACGAACCAUGGAAUGCCCCAGAGUCUGUGCAGAAGGCAGCCAAGUGCAUCAUUGGGGUGGACUACCCCAAACCCAUGGUGAACCAUGCAGAGACCAGCCGACUGAACAUCGAACGCAUGAAGCAGAUCUACCAGCAGCUGUCACGCUAUAGGGGACUCUGUUUACUGGCAUCAGUCCCUUCAUGUGUGGAAGAUCUCAGUGGCCCAGUCACAGACUCAGCUUCAGGGCAGGGCUGCAGCACCAGUACAGCGAUGAGGCUGUCACAAGCAGACCAGGCUUCUCCAAAGCGCAAACAUGAGGGAGCAGAAGAGCUGUGCACUGAAGAACUGUACAAACGAGCCAAAGUGACAGGUCUCCCCACUCCGGAGAUCCCUGGCAAGAGUUUAUGAUCCAACGACAAGCAGCUUGGAAGUGAAGGGUGAGAGUGCUGAAGAGGUGACCGGAGGAGGAGGGACUGCUGCCACAGAGGGACUGGAACUUGGGAUCCGCAACAGAAAAUCUGGGGUCUCCUAUAAAUGUGUAAUUCCAAUAGCUGCCACAAAAGGGCACUGCGUUACUUGUGCUUGGGAAUAUUUGGCUUUCUGGUCUCCAAAGAGCCAAAUAUGUCUCUUCUCAGCCAUGCCCAAAAUCUGCCCACAUUUAAGGGGGCAAGAGCCUUCUAUCACCUUGUUCACUCCCAGGUGUAUCUUUCUUUCCUGACAAUGGCUCAGUGCAUGUGACUUGAUGCAUUGGUGUAGGGAGCAGCAUCUGCGCAUCUCAGAAAUAGUGGACAUCCUUUCUCAUCACUAGUACUAGGCAGUGAGGUACGCUGAUUACUUCAAAUUAUAGUAGGGGUUGAGAAGGAAGCUGCUACAAUGUCAAAAAUAGAGUACCCAUCCUACAGGAGAACAGGAAAAUUUCAGUAUUUCAUUUGUUACGCUAGACUGAUGGGGAUGUAAAUGCUUUCUGAGUAAAUCAAGUUGGUACUCAUGUGGGAUGGAAACAAAAUGAAGGGCAACUGUAGCACAAGACCAAAGAGAUACAAACUGUCUGUACACUUGAAAGGCACUUAAAACUUUCCUUGCAGAAGAAUCUCACGGCUGCAAGGUGGGCCAUAGUGCUGUUGCCUGGAUGGGCAGCUUCAGAGCAGUUUGACAUCUGAGGGGGAGGAACGCUGAGAGGAGGAGGAAUUCUUCAGAGAAUAAGAUCAUGCCGUGAUAUAAGUAAAGUAGUCUCCCAGAAGCUUGCUGGUCCAAAUAAUAAGGGAACUACACCUGGGCCCUGCACGCUACAGCAUUUCCUUCCCUGAGUGAGAGCUCUCUCAAGUGGAGUGACCGGUGUCUGGUGUGUAGCCUGUGGAGUGCCUCAUACUGAUAGGGGAUGUAUUACACAUCAGCUCCUUGAAGUGAGUCUUCCUCGGGCUCAGUCCGUUGUCCAUUCUGUGUGGAUGUUUGCUCUUUCCUCUGUUGGCAUCUGUGUUUCGAGUUUCUACACAGUGUACUCCUGUACCUCAUACCCUGCACGCUGCUCCUUCUUGCCAUUUGCAUUUACGCUGGUGCUUUGUAGUCUAGCAGGAUGACUGUAGCUUUCCUGGCUCUUAACCAUACACUUCUUGGCCUGGUCAUGUUACAUGUCAUUUCAACACGGUGCUGGCAGAGCGCCUCUGCUUGCCUUCCCACCUGAGAGGGCAAGGGAGGGUAGUACUGCAGAAGAGCCUCUCCUUUGGCCGUUUUCAAGAGGGAUUAGAUCAAGUAGCUAAUCCUGUGCAAUGGGCUGCUGUUGGCACUGUUUUCAUUUGCUGUCCAAAACCUUUCAGCCCCGCCUGGCACAGAUAGUGUGGGGGCUGUAUGCGAGCUUACGCAACUAACAGCUUGGGGAGCACAGGAUUUGUCUCCCACUCUGACUAGGAUAAUCAGAUUCAGUUUUGGAGCCCAUGUUUGAACCUAGAGCAAUGGGGCUGCGAAUAGAAACUGACUCAAAUGUAUCUGGGAAACCUGAAGUGGUUGAAUUGGGUCUGUGAGUUAAUUUAUUGAAUUGCUGAAUAACCUUGCCUUCCCACUCAUCUCCCUGGGGCAUUGACCCUGGAUUCCUUUUUCCAAGGGAAUCCAUUGGGCAGACUGACCAAGUAAACAAGAGUCACUUUUCCUGCCCUUACUUUCUUCUAAACUACUAUUCAUAGAGUCUGCCUGGUGGAUAACCCAGUAAUCAACAGGUUUUGUCUCCUUCAGUCUGACCCAGACCUUACUCCCACUGUCUUGAGGGUAGAAAGUAUAAAGAAGAGACCUUCCCCCCCCGUCUUCUGCUGCAGAGAGAAGAAAGGGGAAAGACAUGCACUUUGUACGCUUAGGUUACAGAAAUUGUGACUUCUGUCAUUUGGAGAGUUUCAUGCUUAGGCAAUGGUCUGUAAAUAUGACACUUUUUUUUUUUUUUAUAAAUGUCUUUAACCCUC